AUGAAUGUUAAGGUAUUCAACAGAGAAGUGUUUAUGCUAAAUGGUACAGAAACUGGUACGUUGAAUCGGGCGAAUUUGUUUGCAUGGACAUUUCCGAAGAGCUAUCCACCCGAGAAGUUGGUCUAUCAUAUCGAAGAACCACCGAAAUACGGUAUUCUAUCAAGAAAGAUCAACGGGAAAAGCCGUAGAAUCGGUGUUUCGUCGAACUUCACACAAGCGGACAUCGACAACAAAGUGAUCUCGUUCAAGUUACAUUUCAUGCAGUAUUCAAUAAUCAAUGACUUCUUUCUGUUCCGUGUGAUUACGCCUGCUAUUUCCUCGGAAUCUCUACGAUUUGAGGUUUGCGAGAUUUGCCAAUUUUUGGGUACAAAGAAAGCGAUAAGGAGCAUCGCUCAGUGGUUACGUGACAUUAAAAUAACUCAAGAUUCGUUGUCGUUGGCGACGCCGGAUGACUCGUUUUUCAUCUUCACUCUAGCGCUAGCACCUCUUCAUGGAUCACUAGUUCUGAGAACGUCGAAUUCCACAAACAGAACGCUGAUCGCCGGAAUGAACUUUACCACCCGGGAUAUUGCAGAGGAAAGACUAAUCUAUUCCCAUUCGGGAUCGGAAUCUCGCACGGAUCGCCUGCAUUUGAUUGCUGAAUCGGCGUUUCGUAAAGGACGACGCAUCCCCUUCUGGAUGUCAUUCUCCAUCAUUCCCAUCAACGAUAAUCGACCCCGUUUGCGUGGCAGUCACGUCAUUCAGAUCGUGGAACGAGGUGAGCGCGUCCUACAUCCUGACCUUCUUGAUUGGGUCGAUGACGAUCAUGACGGUGUGGCUCCACUGGUGUUCAACUUCUAUCAACCAAUUAAAGACUGCAGGCGUACUCUCUACUGUGUCGCCUUACCUGCCAAUGACAACAUUCACCGAGCAGGACCUUUUAAACGGCAGGGUUAUGCUGCGACACCUUGCUAUACUGUAAGCGACAAGAAGCAUACUGUAGAAGGACUGCUGCGAAUUGUCGCUUCUGAUCCAUUCGUUCGUAUUGGUGAAAGCCUUCUCGAAUACUGCUGUCUUCCCGGAGACACACCGAACCUGCACGUCAGCCCUGCGAAUCUCUCAGUGUUGACGAAUUUGGACGUUCGUCCUGAAGAUAUUGUGUAUCAGAGCCAAUCCGAUAGCUUCGUUAUGCAGUAUCAGAAGUAUAGACGACCGAUACGCACAUUCACUCAAAAG